UUCUUGUUCUGCUGCAAGUUCGUUUACGAGCGGCUCCUGAGUAACAGGCUCUUUGAAUCCGGAUUCGCGCGAAGCUCCAAGAAAACAAAGCACUCGAAGCAUCUGAGUCAACAGGAAAAUCUGGACGUUGUCUGCACUGAAUGCUGGGCGCAGUUCACAGAACCAGGAGCUGUCUCGUUACAGGACUCCCCGUGAACUAGUCAUGACAGCAAUGUUAGCUCUGGCAGUGCUACUCCUUCAGUGUGGAGGGCUCUCCGCAGGCUGCCACUCUCUCCGGUAUUUGUACACAGCAAUGACCCCAAUCCCGGGUCUGCCAAAGUUUCAGAUUGUUGGCUUUGUGGAUGAUGUACAGAUUAUUCAUUAUGACAGUGAUCGGAUGGAGAUGAUUCCGCGACAACGGUGGAUGGCAGAUCGACGGGGACCUGAUUUUUGGAAGAAACAAACGGAGAUGGCAAAAAAUUGGCAGCGAAGUACAUUUAUCUGUUUUCAGAAUGCCAUUAGCCUGAGCAACCAGACAGGCGCUAUCAACACACUUCAGCGUAUAUCUGCCUGUGAGAUCUGUGAUGGUGAGACAACAAGAGUACUGGAAGAGUAUGCCUGGAAUGGGAAGGACUACUUCAAGUUUGACACGGAUCACUUGCACUGGGUGAGAAGAUUACUUUUACCAUGGACCGAGACGAUCAAGAGACAGUGUGACAGAGACAAAGUCUACAACCAGUUGAGAAGGCAGUUCCUGGAGAUGGAAUGUAAAGAGCUAUUGUUGAAACACUUGGAGAUUGGAGAGACCGAACUGAAGGCUGUUUCUCCUCAGGUUUUUCUCUCUGUGAACAAGGCAUCAGCCACUAAACCAGCUGAACUCUCCUGCCUCCUCACAGGAUUUUACCCCCGCUCUAUCAAUGUGACUCUCCUGAGAAAUGGACAUCCCAUCCAGUACAACAUAUCCUCUGGCGUGGUGCCCAAUCAUGAUGGCACCUACCAAAUAAGGACAUGGGCAGAGAUCGACCUUGAGGAGAAAUCUACCUACUCCUGCCAGUAUGAGCAUAGCAGCAAGGAAGGAGCAGACAGGCGAGACUGGGAUGGGACAUUCCGAGGACCUCCAGGAUGUUCAGGGAAAAGAAAUCCCAGCUUCAAAAUUAUAAUGCUUGUUUUAGCUGCUUUGUUUGCUAUUGCCCUCAUUGGGACUGCCUGGAGGUGCAGAGGAGAAGGGAAGAUUGGUUUCAGCCCAGUAAAAGCUAUUGAAUUGGAAGAAACAUCCUCAAGUUCAUCAAUGUAAAACUGAUGUAUGAAGUCCUGUGUCACAAUUUCAAACCAGUUGAACAAACAGAAAAAUAAAAUUCGGAAAUCAGAAACUUCCAUCCCAGAGAAUAUGAAGAGCAUGGAAUCAAUUUCAUCACUUUUUUUAUUCAUUGAUUUUUUGCUUUAAUUUGUCAUUUGGUAAAAGCUGAUAUCCAUAACUGAAUGGGUCUUGAACUCAAGCUGCCGGGGCAAAGUGAUCACUGUGAUAGUGAGCAGCUAUCACAUUUGAUUAAUCAAUGCCAGUUUUUUUUCCUGUUUAGGAACAUUGAGCUUUAACCAUCAUCAGUGCUGUGUAUGCCCAGCUCAAGGCAAUUAAACAACAGAGAUUUCUAAAUUUCUCAGACACAUGAAUUUAUUCACAUAAAACUGCAUCCUGUCUAUUACUGUGCUUUCCCUUCCUAUUUUUUUAAGAAAUGACAGAUCAGCAGACUGAUGUCCAGCAUCUUGUUCAUCAAGAGGGAUUAGCAGGCUGGUGUCUCAAACACUAGUCACAUUUCUAUUUUGUUUUCAGGAUUCUGAUUUGAUUAUAUACUGGUUCUCUGUCUCUCUGAAGAUAAUAAUUAACUUGUAACAUUCACACUACACAAAUGCCAGGCCAUAACCAUAAUAAGAGACGAUCUAAGCACCACCUCUCAUUAUUCAUUGGUGUUAUCAUCACUGAUGCUGUCACUAUCAUUAUCCUGGGGGUUAUCGUUGAGAAGAAAUUGAAAUGGACUAGUUAUAAGAACAGGUCUGCGUCUAGGAAUGCUGCACAGAGUAACUGACUUACUGACAAUACCAGCAUCUAUAAGGCACAAGUCAGGAGUGUGAUGGAAUAUGCCCACUUGCCUGGAUGGGUGCAGCCCCAACAACACUUGACGCUUGACGCCAUCCAAACAAAGCAGCACACUCAACUGACGCCACACCCACAAACAUUCACACCCUCCACCUCUGAACCUCACUAGUAGCAGUGAGUGCCACACUGCUGAAACUCACAAAUGCCUCUUCGCAGCUUCUAGAGUCCUAACUUCGACAAUCUAGAAGGACAAGAUACAUGGGAAUGCCAUCUCCCAGAAAGUUUCUCUCCAAGCCUGCCAACAUCCUGACUUGGAAAUAUAUUGUUAUUCCUUCAGUGUAUCUGAGUCAAAAAUCCCUGGGGAGAUUGUGGAUCCAUCAAAAGCACAUAAGAUUGCAAUGGCUCAAGAAGGCAUUUCACUACCACCUUCUCACAGACAGCUAGGAAUGGAUCAUAGACACAGUCCCUCCCCACCCCUGUCCCAUGAGUGAAUUAAAAAGAAACCUGUAUUUCUCUAAACAUGAUGAUAUGUCACUGUUUGUUGUGGGCUAUUUUGAUGACCCUUUCUUUUUCUAUUUCUGGAUUUUAAGGCCGAGUAAAAGGCAAUUAUACCUCAAAAUUUCUGCUCGAAUAUUAGGCACAGUUUUUUUUAAAUUUUAAGGGAAAUACCUUUUAUUUUGCGGAGAGUUUUCAUUUCUGUUUUUGCUUUUAGUGAGGCAGUUGUGUGAAGUUAUUGCAUAGAGAAACAAGUAAGGAGCACUUCUACGGAGAAGUAAAGCUAAAGUUACAUCCAAGUAAGGAGUUAACCCCAUUCCCAGAUCACAAAUUCUUGAAGAUAAGUGUCAUAGAAUCCCUGAUCUGUGGGAGCAGGCUAUUUGGACUACCAAGUCAGCUCUGAGCACCCAGAAUAUCAUCCCAGCCAGACGCACCUCCCUACUCUACCCUUGUAACACUACAUUGCUCAUUGAUACUCCACUUAAACUGGAUUGUGGGAGGAAACAUGUACAAAAUGGGAAAGCUCCACACAGAAAGUCACCAAAGAGGUGGAACUGAACCCAGAUCCCUGGCACUGUGAGGCAGCAGUGCUAACCACUGAGCCACCAUGCCAAGUUCAUUCAACUGCAGCUGUAGAAUAGUUCCAGAGAUAAACCAUUAGAGGAUCCAGUGAAUACAUCAAAGGCACGGUUAACUGAUGGGUUGUAGAUGGGAAUCCGAUGUGAAUAACACACAGAGAUUCCUCUUGGCUAUGCUACAAAUGAUUUCUUUUUUUCCUUUUGGAAUUUACAAAUAUGUGUUUUGGAAUUUUUAGGAUUAGACUUCUAAGUUGGACUUAACAUAUUUGAGUAUAUAAAUCAGUGGUUUGUUGUAUCCUAUUUUAUCUUCAUUUAUUUUGUUUAAGAAGCUUUGAAACAAAAUCUGUAAAAUUUUGUGCUUAUGCUUCAUUAAAGACCAUUUUGUUCAAAGUAAAACAAAGCAACGUUGUGGUCUGCUUAGCCAGGUGGCAGCCUGGGACCUAACUUAUAAUGU